AUGAAGAGCAAAUCGCAAAAGGUUCUCGCUUCAUUUAAGGAAAACGACUUCCAGGUCGGAUUCCAAAAGUGGCAGGACCGCUGGGACUCGUUUAUUGCUUCGCAAGGUGACUAUUUCGACGGAGACGAUGUUAAAAGGUUAUUAAGCUGUGUUCUGCUGUACACUGUGUUGGCUGUAUCUCAGGCAGGCUAUCCAGCGGAUAUACGUAUAGUCGGAUCUAAAACUCGAGGUCGUGUAGAAGUCCGAUACAACAAUGUUUGGGGCACAAUUUGCAGUGAUUUCUGGGACGAUAGUAGUGCUAGAGUAGUGUGUCGAGCUCUUGGUUUCGGAUCAGGCAUGGCUCUUGGCGGCAAAGAAACACCAAGCGGAUCUGGGAAGAUUUGGUUAGACGAGGUCAAAUGCAAAGGGACAGAAACCUACAUAGAUGAGUGUCCCCAUCUACCUUGGGGAGUCAAUGAUUGUGUCCACGAAAGUGAUGCAGGAGUCGAAUGCUAUUCCCGUUUUGAACGCAAACUAGUCGAUGAAAUU